AUGUUCAAAAGUUGUUACCGAUGCUGUUUAUUUUAUUUUGGUUUCGGUCGUCGUUCCGAAGACGUGGGCAUCAAUCUAGGACUGUUGGAAAAUGGAAAUUCGGUUGCCGGCAGUACCGAACACUACACUGUUCAAAAGAUAUCGAGUUUUGGUCGACAUAUUUCUCACGACGAGGAUGGACUUUCUGUGUCAGGUUUUACGAGCGAUGGCGAAGACGAUGACCCUCCGCCGAAAACACAAACCAUGAAGAAAAGAGGGAAAUGGGGAAAACCAACGAAUAAACCCAAAGAUCCAAAAACUCCAAAUUCAUUCCAAACACUAGCUGGUGUCAGUAUGAUGAUGUUACAGCCUAUCACAGCGGGAGCUGGUUCUACUUCCACGCCAGACUUGAGUAUAACAUCUGGUAAAAAAGAAUUUUCCAAGAAAGAGGAUAAGAUGGAUUAUCUUUCUCCUGCGUCAUGUAAAGAAACUACAGGUUGGCUUAAAUCUCAGAGUAUGCAGGAUAUGACCUCAACUACAGACUCCGAUAGUUUUGCAUUAUCGUCAAAAAGUGCCGACGACAAUACAUCAAGUUCAACUGCACGUCCUCAUCGUUUUGGAUCAGUUGCAACAUCUAUGAUUAAUGUCACUAGUAGAUUGACAUCAAUAAGAUCAAAAUCUAGUGAGGUGGUUUCGAAUACUUGGAAAACACCAGUAGACAAUGCGCCUCCGGUUGAUCCUAAUGCACACCAAGAACAAGCUUAUGGGAACGUUAAUUUUAAAAUUACAUAUGAUCAACAUACAAAAAAACUGUUUGUUCGUGUGGAAAAUUUGGAUGGAUUAGCGCCAAAAGGAAAAGAUAAACGACCAUAUAAGACAGUUUUAAAACUUACGCUUUUGCCUCAGGAAAAAUCUACAAAAACUAGUAAAACUAUUGCUGCUGCUAUGAGCCCCGUUGUAAAUGAAGAUUUCUUUAUUAGUACCAAGUGUAUUACAAACAAAGUUUUGAGGAUAUCUGUUUUUGAUCAUGAAUUUCAAGGAAAGUAUGAUGCAGUUGGUCAUGCUUUAUUUUAUUUAGAUAAUAUAUCACCAAGUAACGACGGCGCGCAAAGUGUUAAACUUUACAAACAUUCUUGGCCCGAUAUAAAUCUUUGCAAUAUCAAUAUCAGUUUAAGUUAUAAAAAACAACAAGAAACUUUGCAUAUAGUGGUCCAUGAAGCUAACAAUUUAAAUCUGCCCCACGAAAAAUCCAGAACUUUUGUGAAAAUAGCAUAUUUUAGCAAGGGCAAACGCAUCAAGGAAUAUCAAUCACCAUCAGUGCCCAACACAAAAAAUGACCCCAAGGCAACAUACGAAUAUAAAGCUGCUAUACGAUUAGAUUUAAAUUCCACCGCAAAUGGCUAUGUAGUAAUUGGUUUAAAAGAAAAAGGAUUUUUAAAAAGAAACGAAAGUAAUUUGGGGAGAGUAAUAUUUGGACCCUUUUUGUAUACAGAGAGAGGCUAUGAUUUAACUCCUUGGGGCAAGGUUCUAUUAACUAAAGAAGGUGUUUCAGAUACAUUUAAAACAUAUUUAUAG